UUUCCCGAGGUGGGGGCCGGUACUAUAAGAGAGAGAGGCGAAACUCGCUUCCGCGCCUGAUUAUUUCGCUCGCGCGCGAUACGGACACCACACGCGCUUCGGUCGCGCAACGGUUUUUGUCCCCCCCCCCUCUCGCUGGACGUUCGAAGGGAUGGCGGGAGCCACCAAGAGCAGCCGGGCGCUGCUUCUACUCUGCGCACUGCUCUACCUGGCGCACCUCAGCUCAGGCAACUCUGAAGUAAUGAAAGCAGUCAACAUUACCUGGUCAUCCACCAAUUUUAAGACAAUACUACAAUGGGAGCCCAACCCAGUCAACUAUUUUUAUACAGUUGAAAUAGAUGGGGACCGAUUAGUUCGGAAGAAGAUAUGCAUUCACACUUCAGCAACCGAAUGCGAUGUUACAAAGGCGCUGAAGGAUGUAAAAGAUGUCUACGUUGCUCGCAUAUAUUCUGAAGUGCCAAACAGGGACCCUGAUGAUUUUGAUAUCCCGCCUUAUGAAGUAUCUUCAGAGUUUAUACCUUACGCCCAAACUGAGAUUGGCGUGCCAACAAUUAAAAGUUUUGAACAAAAAGAGAGAACUUUGAAAGUGGAGAUAGCAGAUCCUCUAACGCCUUACAGAUUUGAAGGAAAUGGAAGCUUUCGAAGUAUUAGGGACAUAUUCAAAGAUGAUCUAGAAUACACACUGUACUAUUGGAAAGAUCAAAGUACAGGAAAGAAAUCGGAAAAAACAAAAAGCAACCUCUUUGAAAUCAGUAUCGACAAAGAGAAGAACUACUGCUUCUAUGUUCAAGCUACUGUUCCGUCACGCUCAACAAACCGUAGCAGUCAAAAAAGCAGUGUAAAAUGUACUAGUGUUAGAAGAGACGAGCUGGAUGGUCUUGAAUUAGAAGUAAUUCUUAUAAUAGCAGCUGUUGCGGUUGGAGUCAUUGCUCUAAUUAUUAUUUUAUCUGUGGUUGUAUAUAAAUGCACAAGAUCAAAGCCUGCAGCAACAAAAAAAGAGAGUGUGCCCCUAAAUGCAUAAGGGGGAGAAACACUAAAGACAAAUCGGCGUUAUUGCUACAAAGGUGACAGCUCAGUCAGUAGAGCAUGGGACUUCUAAUCUCAGGGUUGUGGGUUCAAGCCCCAAGUGGACAAAAUAUUCCUGCAUUGCAAGGGGUUGAACUAGAUGACCCUUGUGGGUUCCUUCCAAUUCUACGAUUUUAUAACUCCAUAAGAAAUUCUACCCGUGGAAGCAAUAAACACAGACCCUUCAAUCAAGGGGCAUUUGUUGUUUCUGUGAAACAUUUAUAGUUAAAACACUAUUUUAAAAACCUGUUUUAUUCGGCAGCAACUGUGAUAACUUGUUUUAAAAUGUGUUAGCUGACAGAUAUGGUGAAAAUACUACUGUUUCUUUUGCACUUUGGGUGUAUAUUUAGAUCGGUGGUUCUGGGUACAUUAGCUGGUACGGGUUAUAAGAUGCUGUAAGUGUAAGGAAAGUGUUUUACACUCUUGCCAGACUUUAUAUAAUGUGUUAUGGUGCGAAUAACAUAGAACAUUAGAAUGUUCCAGAUCCAGGUAUGUGCUGUAAAGUUUGAAAGUUCUGAAACUGACCCCAAAGUUGAUGACCAACAUUAUUGGCAUCCGCCUUGAAAUACCUGAAUACGUACAGGAUGUCAUACCUGUUAUGUAUCAGGAUUUAGCACUUUAAAUUUAUACUGAUUAUUAACUGCGGGACAGAGACAAAAUUAACUAUUUAAAAUGCUGUAUGUCUAUAAACAAAGUUGAUGUAAUUUGAGAUUCUUUGUGUUACUAUGUACAAUCAAUGUUAUAUUUAUGAUUUUUAUGAAUGGGUGUUUAUUUUUGUAUAUAUUGCACUAACUUAUUAUAUCUAAUUUUUACAGAAAUAAAGGUAAAUGGGAAUAAUGGAAAAUUCUUGUUUCUUGAAUGGAGGGAGGGUUUUUCAUCGCCAGAUGCUAAAUGAUUAUGGCUUAACGGCAUGUUACUCAUCACUGUACAUUUAAUCUCAACAAGGGCUCCACUUGCAGGCUUACUGCGGAAAUGCAUGGGUUGCAUACAAGUCUAUUUCUACUCUGGGUAGACCUACUGAAAUUAAUGAACUGAAGUUAGUCAUGCCCAUUAACUUCAAAGAGUAGGACUAGCAUUGGAUAGAACCACAUAUAUAAUUAAAAUAGAGAAUAGAACAGAACCAGAAUAACAAACUUGGCUGUGAUUUGAUUACUGUAACAGAUGGAUUCUCCCUUUUUUAGUGGUAUAAUAAAAAAACUGCUGGCACAUUUGUAAAGCUAAGCAGGGUCCAGUAAGGUUUCAAAUUGGAUGGGUGACUCUAUGUUGAGAUUCCUGCAUUUCGGGGGGUUGAACUAGAGGACUCUUGUGGUCCCUUACAGGUCUAUGAUUCUAUAUCCUUGCACUAUGAGCCAGCUCUGCUUUUGGCACUGAAGCAGUACCAACCUGAAGUGCAGCAGGGGACACCACAGAGAUCAGGAGAAAUCACGCACAGGCAAACAGAUGUGUACAUUUACAAAAAAGAGAGAGACCAAAGUGGAACAGCUCUUCCCCAGUUCCUCCCACUGACAAUCCCUCCCCUUUUAAGCCUAGUACAUCUGACCCAAAGGAACAGUUCCCCAAACCUUAUUAACUACCCUGCAAUAAAAAUUUAUAGAGCACCAACAAUAAAAUGCCAAAGGAAACUGCCUUCAACAAAGUCAGGCCAAGGUCAAAGUUCAUCCAGCCGCAGAUCUCUCCUUGACAAGGGACACCUCCAGUCCUACGCAGAUUUUUUUAAAAGCAGAUUUUCCAGCUGCACAAAUAACCUGGCAGUCACCCCACACUAAAAACAAAUGGACACAAACUUUGCUCCCUGCUUACACCCUGUAUCAGUAGUGGUUUCUCCAUAGGAGUCAGUAGUUAUUCUCUACUAACUAUACUGUCACCAACAGGACAAUCCAAUGGCCACUGCAGUUUACAGCAUAGCUGUAAAUAUUGGUCAUUGAGUGUAUGUGCUCCAUGCCUUGAGGAACAAAGUCAAAUUCUUUGCAGGGUUGCCAAAUUACAGGGUUGCCAAAUUACAACACAUAGCAGAACACUGCUAUGAUUCUUGCUACCAUAGUGCCAUUGACUGAAUGGGACAUCAGACCAACUGAGGCUUUGCACUAGUUGUAGAAGGAACACAGGGUGCAAGAUUGGCCUAAGUUGCAAAACCAGGAGUAGUUUAAGGCUAUUUACAGAGAUGUGACAAAGCAUUAUGUGCCUGAUGAUGAAGUAGAAGCAGCAAUGCAUUAACAGCAUAUCCUUGCACCUGUUGAUACAAAACACCCUAAACAAGCAAAUUUUAUACCUAUGUUUUGCAAUGUGGAACUUUAUAUUUCCUUGGGUGUGUUUAAUAACUAAUUGUUGCUGCCAUGUUGGCAUUCAUAUAAAUCUAAAACCUUGUUUAGGAGCAGCAGUUUCAUUAGUGUGUCACUAGCCACAGUAGAUGACAGGCAGGCUGCUGCCAAAAUGCAUAUAAUGAAAAGAAUGUGAUUAUGAGCUUAAGUUGGAACGUGGCUCAUGUGACCAUUUAGGACAAAGAGCUUAUGACGUUGCACAAACCUCUCUCACACACAAACAUUUCAAGAUUACCAGGCUACUGCAUUUCUGUGGCUUAAAUCUCUCACCUACCUCAUAAUCCUGAUGCUGAAGUGAUGACCAGUUCAGCCGGCGCAUGGUACAAAAAAUGCUAUUAGACCAAAUAGUUUUGAUUUGGUUGGGGGGGAUUAAAGUUUCACAGAUCCCUAAUGACUUGGUACAACUGAACUGUUCCCUUGCAUCAGUUGAAUUGGCUUUGCAGACAGCUCUUUCCCAGGUUGAAGCUCUCAAGCUGCACACAUAGUCUUCAUAAUAAAAUGAAAAAAAUCAAGGCAAUCUCACCCACCUGGAAAUUCAAGCCCUCUUCCUGCCACCUGAAGAGGGUCAGCCAAAACUGGAGACUUGGAGGUAUAGCAACCCUGUUUCUUGUACUGUAACUUUUAUGGGCAUAUUGGAUCCCAUUUUAUUUCCUCAAAGUCCAUCUAAAAACAGAGAGGGUGUUUGACAGAUUUUCCAAUAAGAGUUACACAGUCAUGGACCACCACUAAGAAGACA